AUGGCCGUGUUUCGAUCCAUUUACCACCACGGCAAGAAACUCAUCCAACCACAUCUCAAUGAUUUUCAAAACGGAAUUCGAUCAAUCUUUAUUACUCUAUAUAUUAUUGAAUUGAUUGUCAUUAUACUGAUGGUGUUGCUACCUCUCGAAUUUAAGCAUGUCAUGGGAUGGCAUAGUAGUCAAAAGCUUAAACUUGCUAAAGAGCUUGCAAGACGAAAACAAUGCUUUCAUAAUCAGGAAACAGAAACGGAUUAUGACCACCAGGCUGCCCUUCAUAACAACACAGACUCUCUCACAGACGAUUCGAAUUGUAGCAUCGAUGAACAUAGUGCAGAUGCACAUGGCAGUGACAACACUAGUGGCCAUCCUCCAGCCAUGGAAACCUCGUUCAGACUGGACUCUUCGAAUAUUCGAAAAUAUGUCGUCAAGAAGUCCUAUGGCAAUCGAAUUCGAACUCGAUCAAGAGGACUUUCAUCCUUGUCAGACUCUCUUCUCUUGAAUUCACAUCUUCAUUCGGAUCCAUCACAAUCCCAUACAGCCAAUACAUCAUCAUCAUCACCACCUCAACCAAAUCCUCAACAUACAGAUCCCAUUCCCUCUUCUCCCAAUGAAGAAACUGGUUUACAAAGCCAUUCACGAGCACUAUACUACAGCACUCAUGACAAGCAUGAAACUGAUGACAACUUGUCACACGUUUCUCUCGUGAGCGAAAAGGUGUAUAGUAAGAAAACAAAGAUUAGUCGUCUGAAGCAAGCAUUAAUCUCCAUAAUCAAAUCAAUAUCUGAUUUCAGAAUUAUUGCAACCUUAAUCUCUAUAUGCAACUUGUUGCUUGGAUUCAUUAGCUUGAUAUCCAUAUUGCCCUACGAUGCAAGAUUGGUGCUGAUCAGUAUCGACUGCAUUCUUUCAUUGAUGGGAUUGAUACCAAUUGUAUUUCAGUGGCUUGUUGUAUUGAGAACAAUGGAGAAUAAGGACUCUAUCACGCACAACACCAGCACUAACACAAGUAACAAUAUCAAAAUUUUGAGUCUGUUCGUUUUCAUGUGUACCCUAUUUUUAUUCAUUGGAUACAUAUUGACUGUGAUAUUUGUAACAGGGUACUCAAGAGUCCUACUUGCAAGAUAUAUCAUGAUGGUGGUUCUAUUUCUUUACUUUAUUACUAUUUUCCCAUUACUAGUCAUUUAUGGUAUUAAGGUCUAUUUUAGAGUGUUAAGGGAGAAUAAGGAGAUUCGAUUUUUUCAAUUCAAAUUCACAAAAUAUUUAAUUUUUGAAAGUCUCACCUAUCUCUACUUCACAUUCUACACGAUCUAUUUUAUAGUUUCAUAUCCCUAUUUUUUAUUUACAUUUAAUAAUAUUGGAGAUCGAUUUAUGACAGUUUAUCCAUGGGUCAUUACACACUUUUUUAUUUUACUCUCGUAUUGCAAUCGAUUUUAUUUCCUUUCAGAUUGGUUCUGCAUCAAGCAAUUCUACAAUACUCUAUUUGCGAAUGCUUUCUGUGGAAUAUGUCACAGGAGAAAAAAAGAAAUUCAUGAUACGAGCGCGUUUUAUCAUCAUGGUCAUCAUGAAACCAUACAUGCAGUAAGAAAGAUCAGUGACGCCUCAAAUACUUCCUCACAUCAGCAUGUAUUUGAUAAUCAUUAUUCAACCUCUUCCUUCGAUCAUCACAACGAGGAAAGUACUGAAAGUAACUACAGUCACCAACACAAAACGGCUCACCCUAAGCACAUCACAGAUCAAGUUCAAGAGCCACAUGCCGCAGAACAAGAUUGA